AUGGAUCGCAAGAGGAAGCGCGAAUUGCGCAACUUGAACACUCGUGCCUGGGAUGGCGAGAAAGACAUUUAUGCCGUAAACAAGUCACUAGAUUCGUCGCUCAAAAAAAAUACAGCUUUUAUCAAGCGCCUUCGAACUGCAAUUUCAGCUGCGACCCUUAGUACCUUCCUACAAGAGAUUCGAACCCUUAGCCUACACAAAUACCUCUCGGAAAUUAUAUCAGCUUGUUAUGAAGGGCUUUGCAGACUUAAGUCGCCGGGAGAGGUCGACGCCGGAGUAGAAAUCGUCAGCGCAUUACAUCAGCGUUUUGGCCCGGCAGAAUUCACCGAAUUCCUAGGAUGGUUGGUAGGAAAAGGAAUGGCCACGCCGGAAAAGUCAUUAUUGAAGAUUCUCGCAGUCGAAGCCCGGGAAAAGGAAGAAAAGGAGCGAAUUGUACGACAGAGGGUACUUUUGAGAGUUGUCACGGAGUUGUGGCUUGUGGGAGUUUUGAGAACAUUAGAUGAUGUCGCUCGACCAGACGAUGCGUCUCACGGCAAGGAAUCUCUGUCAGGACCAUCGACUAAAGUACCAGAUACCAAGGCAAAAACAAACGGAAUCGGGAAGGGAGGUGGCGCGGAACCGUUUCCUUUGGAAGUUCUGAAGGAUCUGCUGGGUCAUGAUAGAGAUCAUGCCAACUUGCCCUUAUUGGUUGUAUUUGUAAAGGCAUUUGGCUGGGAUAUCCUCGGUGUCAGAGAGGCUGGAUACGAGGGCAGGAAGACCGUUGAGGAAGAUGGUGCUACGAAGGCGACAAAUGAUGCGACUGAGGACGAUGACGAUGAAGAUUCUGUGGAAGAGAUGACAGACGUCUUGGGCUCCGCCGAGGACUCUCCUCUUGCCUCACCCGAACUACAGGAGCGUUUCCGAAAUAUACUCAACCGCUACUUCGAAGAUGUCAAAACCCACCUCAUCCGCGAUCAGAAGGCUAUUGGUAAACAGGCUCGCAAGGAUUCAGAGGCAUACGUCAAGUCUGGCCAAGUGUUUGAAGAUCGCCAGGCAAAUUACGAGAAGGCAGUUAAGGCACAAGAACGACUUAUAUCGAAUGCGCAAGUCCUCGCAGAAUCCAUCGGUGCAGAAAUGCCAGAUCUCAAAGACUCUGAUGAUUCUUCGGCCCUUGGCAAUGGAGGUAUUGGCCUUAUCAAGACUGGCGAUUACCUGAGAGGCGAGGGCGAGGGCGCAGGUAUCUGGGAGGACGAAGAUGAGCGGAGAUUCUAUGAAAAUCUUGUAGAUCUCAAAGGCAAGGUCCCCGGUAUGCUCCUCGAAGAUGGCAAAAAGAAGAAAGCAGAUACGGAUGAGCAAGUGGGCAAGAAAAUCGAUACAUCUGAAAUAAACUCCUCUGCAGAGACAACGAAGCCCGGCGACGAUGACCAGUCUACAUCCAUUGCUAACAAAACCAUUGGUGCUCAGGUCGAUGCAUUACUUGCUCGGCUCCCAGACCUUACAAACAAAGACCUGAUUGACCAGGCUGCCAUUGAUUUCUGUUUCUUGAACUCCAAGGCUUCUCGUAAUCGUUUGAUUAAAGCUGUGCAAGAGGUUCCUAAGGGACGUAGUGAUCUUCUGCCAUCAUACUCAAGACUUGUAGCAACCCUGGGAAAGUACAUGCCUGACAUUACAAAGGGCUUGGUUGACCACCUAGAUCAAGAAUUUCGCAGUCUUCAGCGUCGGAAGGAGAAGGAAUUUCUAGGCCAAGCCCGACUAGGAAACAUCCGCUAUCUAGCUGAGCUGACCAAAUUUGGUGUGGUUCCUGAGCAUGUCAUAUUCCAUUGUUUGAAAGUCAGUCUAGAUGACUUCUCACGUAUGAACAUUGAGAUUAUAUGUAAUCUGCUUGAGAACUGUGGUCGAUACUUACUUCGCAAUCCAGAGAUGUCACCUCGAAUGACAUCCUUCUUGGAAACACUCAAACGCAAGAAGUCGGUCCAACAUAUUGGCCAACAGGAGCGCAUGCUAAUCGAGAAUGCCGUUUACUACGUAGACCCACCUGUACGAGCGGCAAUACAGCAGAAGGAGAGAACUCCAAUCGAUUUGUUCAUUCGCAAGCUUGUCUAUUCUGAUAUGACUACACGCAACUAUGCUAAAAUCAUCAAGUCAAUUCGAAGACUUCACUGGGAAGAAUCAGAGGUUGUCACUAUUCUUGAAAAAGUACUUUCCAAACCCGGAAAGGUGAAGUAUGGUAACAUCUAUCUUCUGGCAAUUGUCACAGGCGCUCUGUUCCGAUAUCACCAAGGCUUUGUGGUCACAGUGAUUGACAAUGUCUUGGAGUACAUUAUCGUUGGUUUGGAGCAAAACGAUUUCAAGUUCAAUCAACGUCGAAUUGCAGAAGUCAAGUACCUCGGGGAGCUGUACAAUUUUCGUAUGGUUGAUCAUCCUGUAAUAUUUGAUACAAUGUACCGUAUUUUGACUUUUGGUCACGGUGAGUUAGAAUCAUGGCAUUUACAUUUGUCCGGCAUGCUGAUAUCAUUAGGUGGACCUCCUACCCCUGGCCGCCUUAAUCCAUACGAUAUCCCUGAUGACUUUUUCAGAAUUCGUCUUGUAGCAACUUUGUUAGAGACGUGCGGUAUUUUCUUUAGCCGUGGUGCAGCAGGAAAGAAGCUUGAUUAUUUCUUGUCAUUUUUCCAGUACUACAUCUAUACAAAAGAUCCCAUGCCCAUGGAUAUUGAGUUUAUCGUCAGUGAUAUUUACGCGGCUACGAGACCUCAAUGGAAGCUUGCUUCGAACAUAGAGGAAGCAAGUCGUGCGUUCCAGCUGGCUAUGGCCCAAGAUCAAAAGACUGCUGGCAUCGAAAAGGUUGUCGAACCAGAGGAGCCGGACAGUGAUGCAUCGUCGGAUGAGGGAGACGCAGGUAAUCCAGACGGAGACGCUGACGAUGCCUCCUUUGAUUCAGAAGAGGAGACAGAGAUCGAUGCCAAUGUCGAAAAUUUAACAUCACCAACAGGAGACGAAUCGGAAGAAGAAAACUUUAGUGUCACUCGCCAGGAAGAGGAAAUUGACCCCGAAGACGAAGCCGAUUUCGAGCGUGAGUAUGCUAAAAUGAUGGCUGAGAGUCUAGAUUCUAGAAAAUUUGAACGAAAGGCGACGUUUGAUGUUCCACUUCCGAUGAGACGCAAAGAUCGCGAGAUCACAACUUUAAACGAGUUGCCUCAAGAGACUACCCCAACAAAUGGCCCCUCUGGCGGUACCAUGGCAUUCUCACUGUUGACAAAGCGUGGUAAUCGCCAACAGACUCGAACGGUGGCUCUCCCUUCAGACUCAAAUUUCGCAAUUGCCAUGAAAUCACAACAAGCUGCCGAGCGUGAGGAGCAACAGCGCAUCAAGAAUCUAGUUCUGAAUUAUGAUCUUAACGAUGGCGAAGAACAAGAUGGUGACUUUGCACUACAACCCUUACUCCCUAAUCCCAAUAUUCACACUUAUAAUUCAGGUUUCGAUAAAAGUGCCACUACAACGUUCUCCAGAUCUGAUAAAUCUGGUAGUAACCGUAGUGGGCAAAGGUCAAGAAAGUUACAGCUUAGUGAUGUUGAUUGGUAUGGUCCCCUAAAAAUGUCUUCUCAGUCCCAAACUCCAGGAAUGGUCCCAAGAGAUGAGAAUCGUAAAGCUCAGUAUCCUCCCGGGUCGGAUGCCGACGUUGUUACAAUGUCUAAUACUACUGCUGGAAGAAAAGUUUCAAGGCCAUUCGCAAGUAUUGAAAGUGAGCCCAAAGGCAAAGGUCCUGCCCUCAAGGAAAAGGAUCCACAAACGGGAUACUCGCCAAGAAGUGCUUCCAAAAGGUUCCGUAUAGGAUGA